GCCAGCGGCUCUACCCAAAAAUCUCCAUUUUCGUCGAUGGCAUCUGUCCCACCGCUGUCAACAAUGCAAGCGGACCUGGCGCGGCAGACGAGCACGCCUGAGGUGGUUCUUAUGCGCAAGCAGCUCGAGAAAGUCCAGCGAGAUAUGGAAGUCCUCGUGUACACGCUGGCAGCGACGCGCGAGUGCUACGAGCCUGAGCGCCUGUGCCACGACUGCCUCGGUGGUGGCGGCAGCGCGCCGUCAACCGCUGACGGUUUUGACGACGAAGGCACAGACGAUGGCGAAUCCAAGGAGCGGCGCGAGUUCGACGAGCUCAUGGACCAAAUCCAGUCGUUGCAACAACAGGUAGCGCUCCAGACUGAAGCAAGUCAGCUGCUGCGAUCUGAAAACGAAAAACUUCAGGCCGAAUGCGCAUUGUUACAAGAGCAACAGCAUACCGACACGGACGACCCCGAAGAAGAUGCGUCAUCGUCGCAUACGAAGCUCGGCGACGCUGAAGUCGCGCGGCUCGUGCAGCUCGCCAAGGACAACGCGAUCGACCUCGACACCCUUCACAUUCGCCUCGAAGAAGUCACCCUAGAGCGAGACCAUCUUCGCCAGGAGCGCGACUCAGCGCUGCUGUCUGCGCAGAAAGCGUGGAAGGAGAACGCGACGCUGGCUGGUCAUACCAACCCCGGUCAAAAGAUAAAGUAUGUGCAGCAACUCAAGGACGAAAACAAUAAACUCCACCAGCAACUACGAGAUGCCGAGGCCCGACUAGCCCUCCAAAGCAAGCGAAAACCCUCGGGGAACUACACUACUACUACUAGCGACUGGAGCGACGUGUGCAGUAAUGCCAGUGACAUGGGCAACAGCAGCGCCACCUUGACGACCCUCAAGCCAUCCAAGAUGCUGCGCAAGGUGUCGUCCAAAGGAGGCGGUGGACGGGGGUCGAAGAGGGAGACGCCGACCUCAGGGGGUGGGGCGACGGCUUCGGCGUCUCCGUGACUUGUUACUCCCACACGACAGUAGUAGAUGCAUAUGGUACUUGCAUCAGCAACGUAAUGCCGUGAGCGUGUCUGUCACACAUGGAACGAACGCAAGUUGCCGUGGCGGCUCUGUGUAACUAGUAUUAAUAUUUACGUAUACUUGGAUCUACUUGUAGUAUUACUUCAAGUAAUAUUUACGUAUACUUGGAUCUGCUAGUAUUUUUAUUU